AUGCAGUCAUUUACUAAAUAUUAGUCGGCUUGAUUAUAUCGUUUGUGUGUAGUUUGGUAACCUAUUACGGUACUACAGUUCCGGAACCUUUUAUCAUCUUUAGAACACAGAUAGACUGACUAUUUAAAACAACUGAAAACAACUAUUGUAUCUUGGAUGAAAAUUUAAACUGUGAAACCUGUAUGAUGCUGAAUGAUCUAAUGUUUUUUCCAAAUUUACAAAAUGAGUUGCACUGAUCAAGACAUCUUAAGCCAACAAUUCCAAGACGCCAAUGAGGUCAUACAGCAACAUUCAGAGGGUAGUCAACAUUACCAACCAGAAUAUAAAUGCUAUGAGAAUUUCAACAACCACCAGAUGCAUUUUAGACCCAACCCAAACUAUUCUGCUCCUGAAGCACCAAUACUCAGCUGGAAUGAGAUGCCAAAUUGGGCCCACACUAUUCCAGAUGGACCAGUGCCACACAACUAUACCAGCAGCCCGGAAAAUCAGCUUGUCUAUUCUGUCUUCCCUCCACCAGGAAGUGGGAAAGGGAGAAAAAAACUACGGCUUUAUGAGUAUCUCCAUGAAGCUUUGUAUGAUACAAACAUGUCCGACUCGAUCCAGUGGGUGGACAAAGGCAACGGCACCUUUCAGUUUGUGUCCAAAAACAAGGAGAGGCUGGCUGAGCGCUGGGGCAAAAGAAAAGGCAACCGUAAAACCAUGACCUACCAGAAAAUGGCCCGGGCUCUGAGAAACUACAGCAGGACCGGAGAGAUCAUUAAAAUCAGAAGGAAGCUGACCUACCAGUUCAACCCAGUGGUGUUGCAGAGACUCAAUCCGGCUCAUGCAUUGGGAAGGGAGACUGUGUACUACCAGUACAUCCCAACAGAGCAGGGCUAUUACAACGUAGAUAACUGGCAAAACACUUACGGUAAUUACACCUGCGAAACAGAGUAUGAUUUGAACUUGUCAGUAUUCCAAAGCCAGGUUGCAAAUGACUAUGUUUAGCUGAGCCAUCACAAUGUAAAACAUCAAAUAACCAGGUGGGCACCAUAAAAAAUAAUAAUAAUAAUAAUAAUAAUAAUAAUAAUAAUAAUAAUAAUAAUAAUAAUAAUGCAAUAUGUUUCAUAUAGUCUGAUUUGAAACACAACCAUUUUGGCUAUCAAUAAUGACAAUUUGGUACUGACCCAUUUAUUGCCUUCAACACACUAUUUGUUCAGUUCAGUUUUGGCCACCAGAUCUUUGGACAGGGCCAGUAAAGAAACACUGCCUUGAUCUUAACCUGAGAUUGCUAUAUGAUUUAAUGAAGUUAGUUCUCUUUUCUCAUGAAUUAAGGAAGUCACUGAAAGAAUGGAUGAACUUAAAGAAAACCACUGGAGGCUGUGUGGUCCAGUGGUUAAAGAAAAGGGCUUGUAACCAGGAGGUCCCCGGUUCAAAUCCCACCUCAACCACUGACUCAUUGUGUGACCCUGAGCAAGUCACUUAACCUCCUUGUGCUCCGUCUUUCGGGUGAGAUGUAAUUGUAAGUGACUCUGCAGCUGAUGCAUAGUUCACACACCCUAGUCUCUGUAAGUCGCCUUGGAUAAAGGUGUCUGCUAAAUAAUAAUAAUAAUAAUGAACUUCAGUAACCCAAUCAUGAAGUGAAAUGUUGUAAAAAGCUUAAUUUGCAAAAACUAUUGUUUUCCAUGGUCUAUAAUGUUUUAACUACUUUUGUAAGACAGUUUCAAUAUUAGGCACAUAAUUGCCAUUUUAAUUGUGUAAUUUAUAAUAAAGUAUUUAGAAAUGUUUUUCCCUGUGUGUAUGAAUGCAUUAUUUUUUCUGUAACAGUGGAUAGUCAGUCAUAUUAUAUAAAAUGUGGUGUACAUUAUCUUUUUUAACAGUUUUGUUUGAAAGAAUAAAUAACAGGUAUAUCUUUAAGUAAGCCAAAAAUAAUUGCAUUCAUACUGUAUGUAAAAAAAAAAAACAUUUGUACUCUUUAAUUGUUUUCCUUAUUCUACACUUUUACAAUUCCAUAAUAAAAAUAUAAAUAUUAAGGUG